CGGUCCACAUGAACACACACACACACGCGCGCAGAGACGACCCGUAGUGUGUGAAAAGAGAAGUAAACCAAAACCAACCGGAGGAAUGACCCCCCCCCUCCCGUCCCCGUUCCCAGAGGAGGAUCUCCAGUGUCCCGUGUGCUGUGACAUCUACCGGGACCCCGUGCUCCUGGCCUGCAGCCACAGCUUCUGCAGAGCCUGCCUGCUGCAGUACUGGGACCACCGGGAGUACCAGGACUGCCCCGUCUGCAGGAGGAAGCUGCCCGCGUCCGCGUCCGGCCCGCCGAGGAACCUGGCCCUGAGGAACCUGUGCGAGGCCUUGGUCAGGGACAGGGAGCGGAGGGAGGCGGCGGCGGACGCGGCGGCGGACGCGGCGGCGGACGCGGCGGCGGACGCGGCGGCGUGGGGGGAACACUGCGCUGCUCACGGGGAGAAACUGAGCCUCUACUGCCUGGAGGACAGCCAGCCGGUGUGUGCGUCGUGCCGGGUCUCCGGGGCGCACAAACGGCACCCCUGCCGUCCUCUGGGAGGGGCCACGGAACAGCUCAACGGCUACCAGGGACAUGUGACACUCACUGAACCAGGGGAAAGAUUAGAGCAACCAGGAGAGGCUGGGUCAUGGAAUUCUGACUGGAAGGUUUUCUGGAAGCUGUUUGUUGGAAUCCUUUUUGUGACCCUGCUUGUCUUCUACAUCCACAGCGCCAGGUCCAACUCCGAACAAGUGUCGGAGCUGAGGCUGCUUCUGGUUGGCCCCACCGGCCAGGGUCGGAGUUCAUCAGGAAACACCAUCCUGGGCAGGGAGGCGUUCCAGGUGGACUUCUCCCUGGGCGCUGUGACCACCGAGUGCCAGAGGGGCACCGGGACGGCGUCCGUGACCCCUCCGAGCGGGUGGCCCCCCCGCCGGGCGCGCCUCCACCUCACCGUUGUCGACACACCGGGCAUCACCGAGGCGACGCGGCAAGGCCGUAACGAACCGGCGGCAGAAUGCGCCAGGCUGGCCGCCCCGGGGCCUCACGCGCUCCUGCUGGUGGUCAAACUCGGGGCCACGUUCACAGAGGAGGACGGGGAGGCCUUGGCGGGGCGGCUCCGGGAGAACUUCGGGGAGGAGUCUCUGAAGUACACCGUGGUUCUGUUCACUGGGGGAGACCUCCUGGAGGGGAAACCGGUGCGGGACCUACUGAAGGACAGCGGUCCCCUGCUACAGCUCCUCGGCGCCUGCGGUGGGAGGCACCACGUCCUGGACAACAAGAGGAGAGACGACCGCGCCCAGGUCACGGAGCUGCUGGCGAAGAUAACGGAGAUGGUGGAAAGCAAUGGCGGAAAGCACUUGGCCGUGGCCGACAGGCCCACAGCGGGGUCGGGCGUGGUGUUCACCACCCUGGUUCUGGUGGCUGUCGGAGUUGUGUUUAAAGGGAUCGUUGAUGAUUUAUGGAGCCAAAGGCCACACGGCGGGAACCUGGAGUGAAACGGACCAACUGUUUUCUAAGACUCGUUGCUGUGGUUCAUUUAAAGUGUUGUCGUGUGAAAGAAAUCUGCUUCAGGAGGUGUGUUGUAAUAUAUAAUCUUGAUUUAACAACUUAAAGUAAUAUAUUUUCUCUCAUAAAUUUAAAGGGUACUGUAUAAUACGUGACUCAUCACAUGUUUUUACAGUACAGGACAAAAUGAAACAACACGUUGUAUUCAUAAGCUCCACUAGGUGGCAGUACAUUUUAGUGUGAUUCCAGUUUAAAUGUUUUACAGACAAAAUAGUGUUUUGUGUAGGUUGCUGAGGAAAAAGUACCACUAA